AUGGGUAAAUAUCGACUGAUUGAGAAGUUGGGAGAAGGUGGUUAUGGGACUAUUUGGAAGGCCAUUAACAAAUGGAUUGAUGAAGUAGUGGCGAUCAAAAGAUUGCACAAUAAAAAGAAUGACGGGUUUUAUGAAUCCCUCUUCAAGGAAGAAGAGAAGUCACUACGUGCACUUCAACACCCCAAUAUUGUAUCACUACGGGACACCUACGAGGAAGGAGGGCACCUCCAUAUAGUACUAGAAUACAUGGAUUCUGAUCUAUGGAGAAUCAUUAAGAAUAGAAAAGAGCCCUCCUUGAGUAGAACAGUUCAGAGACUAUGUUUUAAGAUUUUGAAAGCUCUGGAAUACAUGCAUGGACUUGGGUAUUGCCAUCGUGAUCUCAAGCCUGAAAAUCUCUUGCUGAAGGGAAACAAAAUCAAAAUCUCAGACUUUGGGUUUGCUAUUAACAUGAAGGAGAAAAUGGAAAAGAACGAGCCCUUGGAUCCAAAUGUUGGAACCAUAGCCUAUAAGGCGCCUGAACUUCUGCUCAAAUCAUCAUCCUAUGAUUUCGCCAUUGAUAUGUGGUCACUUGGAGUCAUAAUAGCUCAGUUCUAUGGUCUUGAACCCAUUUUUGGAAGUAGAAGUGACUGGAGAAAUCAGAUUUAUAACAUAUGCUGUGUGAUUGGAUGCCCCAAUGAAAAGACAUGGCCUGAGGGAUUGAAGUUAGCAGAGUCAUUGGACUACUAG